AUGCCCAACACAAGUCUGCGGCGCCCGCAAAAGGGCUUCCGCAGAGGCGGCAAGACUGCCUACCAUGGCGGCCGAGGAGGAGCCAGAAGCUUUGCUGCCUCUUCCAGAGCCGAAGGCACUUCUGCUGAUGAAAGAUGGGAGCGCACACGGCAAGCCCAUCUCAUUGACGAGACUAUGGGAUUUGCCAGAUUCGAAAGCGGGAGGAAAAAGGAAGGCUGGCUAGUCAACGUCCAGCCGACUAGCUUAGAGGACGAUCGCAAUCAGGGUGGCCGUUCCGCCCUGGACUGCUACUUCAUUGAGCUCGACGGCUCAACAUUUAAAGCCACGGUAGAGUACGAGCCUUACUUUCUGAUUGCUGUCAAGCGCGGCCAUGAAUCAGAAGUCGAAGAAUGGGUCAAGCGCGUACCUGGCGACGGUGUCGUCAAGACAAUACGCAAGGUGGAAAAAGAUGACCUCGACAUGCCGAACCAUUUACUUGGCUACAAGCGCACAUUUCUGCAGCUUUCGUUUUCCAACGUCAGUGAUUUGAUGUCUACCCGACGAGAUAUCAUGCCAAUCGCAGAAGCCAACAAGAAGAACAUGAACGCCAUGGAUGCUUAUGCCGAAGUGGCCACGGCCAACGCGAAUGGCAAUUUUGAUUUGUUUGACGACGCCAAUCAAGACGAAAAGCCCAUGACCACCUCUUAUUCCGACGCAAGCGACUACAUUGUUGACGUCCGCGAAUAUGACGUUCCCUACCACGUUCGAGUAAUGAUUGAUAGGAAUAUCCGUGUUGGAAAGUGGUACUUUGUCGAAGCCAAACACGGUGUAACAAAGCUUGUUCCCAACGAAGAGCGCUCGCUACCAGCUGAUCCUGUCGUUUUGGCUUACGAUAUCGAGACAACAAAGCUGCCGCUCAAGUUUCCUGAUGCAACAAUCGACCAGAUUAUGAUGAUUUCAUACAUGAUUGAUGGCCAGGGCUUCUUGAUUACCAACAGAGAAAUCAUCUCCGACGAUAUCGGUGACUUUGAUUACACACCCAAACCAGAAUACCCCGGCCCAUUCAUGAUUUUCAACGAAGCCGACGAAAAGGCAGUUAUCGAGCGAUUCUUCCUACAUAUUAAAGAAGCACGACCCACCGUUAUUGCGACUUAUAACGGUGACUUUUUCGAUUGGCCAUUUGUGGAAGCCAGAGCUAGCGUCAACGGCAUCGACAUGUACCAGGAGAUCGGCUGGAAGAAGGACAGCGAGGACCAGUACAAGUGCAACUACAGUGUUCACAUGGAUUGUUUCCAUUGGGUCAAUCGUGAUUCUUACUUGCCUCAGGGUUCUCGUGGUCUCAAGGCUGUCACUGUCGCCAAGCUCGGUUAUGAUCCUGAUGAAUUGGAUCCCGAGCUUAUGACCCCAUAUGCCCAGGAACGACCUCAAACUUUGGCAGAAUACUCAGUGUCCGAUGCCGUGGCCACGUAUUAUCUGUACAUGAAAUACGUCCAUCCCUUCAUUUUCUCCCUUUGUACUAUUCUGCCGCUGGGCGGCGAUGAUACGUUGCGCAAGGGUACUGGUACACUCUGUGAAAUGUUGCUGAUGGUGGAGGCCUAUGUUAAGGAAAUUGUCCUCCCAAACAAGCAUAUUUCGCCGCGAGAGUCGUUUUGGGACGGCCAUCUGCUAGAUUCAGAGACUUAUGUUGGUGGUCACGUCGAAAGUAUUGAAGCUGGUGUUUUCCGAGCAGAUAUUCCAGUCGACUUUGCCGUGGAUCCAGGAGCCGUGGACGAACUGUUGCGUGAUAUUGAUGCCGCGUUGAAGUUCGUCAUUACUGUUGAAGAGAAGAAAAACCUGGACGACGUUGAAAACUAUGAAGAGGUCAAACAACAAAUUGUGGCCAAGCUCACCGAACUCAAAAACACACCGAAUCGACAUGAACGGCCUUUGAUUUACCAUCUUGACGUCGCCUCCAUGUAUCCUAACAUCAUGACGACCAAUCGUUUACAACCGGAUUCAAUGAUUUCGGAGGCUGAUUGUGCCGCUUGCGACUUCAACCGGCCUGGCAAAACUUGUGAUAGGCGAAUGCCGUGGGCAUGGAGAGGUGAAUAUCUUCCUGCUAAAAGAGACGAAUACAACAUGAUUCGACACGCUCUGGAAAACGAAAUGUUCCCAGGCCGCACUUUGCAAGCACCGCAAAGGACUUUCCAGGAACUGUCUGCUGAUGAGCAGGCUGCUCUAAUUCGCAAGCGUCUCCAACUCUACUCACAAAAGGUUUACCACAAGAUUCACGACUCGACAACUAUUGUUCGUGAGGCUAUUAUCUGCCAGCGUGAAAACCCAUUCUACAUCAACACUGUGCGAGACUUCCGUGACCGUCGAUAUGAUUACAAGGGAAAAGCCAAGGUCUGGAAAGGCAAGACGGACGCCUUAAAGUCUGCAAAUGCUUCGGCUAGUGAAGUUGAGGCGGCUAAAAAGAUGAUUACGGUUUACGAUUCACUUCAGCUGGCCCACAAGGUCAUUCUCAACUCCUUCUACGGUUAUGUCAUGAGAAAAGGUUCUCGAUGGUAUUCCAUGGAAAUGGCUGGUGUUACCUGCUUGACGGGUGCUACUAUUAUCCAACUUGCCAGACAGUUGGUCGAGCGUUUGGGCAGACCUCUUGAACUGGAUACUGAUGGUAUUUGGUGCAUGCUGCCCGCAACAUUCCCAGAAAACUUCGCCUUCAAACUGAAGAACGGAAAGAAGCUCAACAUUUCAUACCCCUGUGUCAUGUUGAACCAUCUUGUACACGACAAGUUCACGAACCACCAAUAUCAGACACUUGUUGACCCAAAGACCUUCAAAUAUGACACUCACAGUGACAACUCCAUCUUCUUCGAAGUCGAUGGACCUUACAAAGCCAUGAUUUUGCCCACUUCGAAAGAAGAAGACAAGAACUUGAAAAAGCGAUACGCUGUGUUCAACGACGAUGGCAGUUUGGCAGAACUGAAGGGUUUCGAAGUUAAACGUCGUGGUGAGCUCAAGCUUAUCAAGAUCUUCCAGCAACAAAUUUUCAAGUUUUUCCUCGACGGCAGUGAUUUAACAGAGUGUUACACAGCCGUUGCCAAGGUGGCGAAUCGCUGGCUCGACGUUCUGCAUGGCAAGGGCUCGACACUGGCGGAUGAAGAGCUCAUGGAACUGAUUUCAGAAAACAGAAGCAUGUCAAAGACGCUGGAAGAAUACGGAUCGCAAAAAUCGACAAGUAUCACAACGGCCAAGCGCCUUGCUGAUUUCCUGGGCGAACAGAUGGUUAAAGACAAGGGUCUGAACUGUAAAUUUAUUAUCUGCUCGCGACCCCGAAAUGCGCCUGUUACAGAGAGAGCUAUUCCGGUGGCUAUCUUUGCGGCCGAAGAAACUGUCAAGCGAACAUAUCUAAAGAAGUGGCUGAAAGAAGAUCCCACCGACACAGAUCCCCGCGCUCUCCUCGAUUGGGACUACUACUUGGAGCGAUUGGGCUCUGUGAUUCAGAAGCUUAUUACAAUUCCUGCUGCCCUGCAAAAAGUCCGCAAUCCAGUUCCACGUGUACCGCAUCCCGAUUGGCUGCAAAGACGAAUCAAUAUCAAGGAAGACAAGCUCAAGCAAAAAAAGAUGACUGAUCUAUUUGCCAAGGAACCUCUAAGUGAGAUUACCAACUUGAAUGGCAAGGCCCUGGAUGACCUGGAAGACUUUGGUGCGAAGCUCUUGAAGCCCAAGAAUACAAAUGCUGUUAUUGCUUCGUCACAGCCAGCUCCAACCGGCCAGAAGCGCAAGUCCCCUGAUCCAGCUGCGCCUCAGGAUCCCAUGGACGCACUUCCAAGCGAAAUGCCUAGCCCAUCCGACGACUAUCCUGCUUUCUUGGAGUACCAGAAGCAAAAAUGGAAGAUUCAGAAGCAGGCUCGUAUCCGCCGCAGACAGCUCUUUGGAGACCGACGAGGACUCACUGGAUCCAAUAUCCAAAACUCAUUUAUGAAGCAAGCUCAUUUAACCUUCAUGAAUACCUGGCAGCUAUUGCAUCUAAAGCAGACUGAUACCCCAGGCAUUGUCACAGCUUACGUGCUUAUUGAUGCCAAGAUCCAUACCGUCAAGAUCAAGGUUCCCCGCCAAGUCUUUCUCAACUUGAAGAGCAAGGAUUUGCCAGACGUCGAGAUUGAAGGUUGUGAAGUCGAACAGGUCAACUAUACGCUGCCUAACGGCCACCCGUCUACUCACCUGUUCAAGCUUACAGUCUCUGAGGACGUUUACUUUGACCAAGCUGUCAAGUUUGACGUCUUGUUUAACCACCCGAGUGUUGAAGGUGUAUACGAAAAGCACGUGCCGCUUAACAUUCGCGCCGUGCUGCGUCUUGGCAACAUCUGCGCUAUUGAUGAGAAGCAGGACGCUGUUCUCGGCAAGGGCCUCGAGUCUGGCUUCGAACUGGGAGGAUUGAAGCGACCUGCAAAGAUGCGAACAUACCUAGAUUCGUCCCCUCUUGCGUACAUCUACAUCUCUCAUGUUACGGCAGGUGACCGUCAAAUCUUUGGCAUCUUUUCGACAACUGGCGAGCGUGCUAGCAUCAUUAUCCUGCAAAAAUCCAAAGACUCCAAUCAAGACUUGCCAAACAUUGGAAAGUUGUACAGCGAGCUGCUCGCCAAACGAGCUGAAGAAGCUGCCGGCACAAACUGGCAGGACUGCUUCACCUACCAGGACAAGCUUACGUUUAAGGUGACCCAAGUGACGACGCGCCGCAAAGCGCACUUGGAGAUUGGCGAUGUUGUGAAGCAGAUGCGCAAGGAUGAAUCUCGCCCGCAAAUGCUUGUUAUUCAAUCGUCGCAGCGCAAUUUGCUUGUUCACGAUGUCCCUGUUCUAGGCGAAUUCCCUGUUCUCCCUCUCAAGUAUGAUGCGGCAGACAGUUCGCUGCCCCCGCUGGGAUGGCAGGCAGUUAUUGCCCGUCGCUUACUGGGACAUUACCUCGGCGUCGGCUCGUGGAUCUUGCACUUGACGGCGCUUGCUCGCCAUGGCGAUGUUCCUCUGUGCAACUUGGAGCGUGAUGAUCCUCGCUUCCUAAUCGAUAUUGCGUACGCACGCCGACUGCAAGCAAACGGUGUCGUGCUUUGGUGGUCUGCCGGUCCUCGACCUGAUCAUGCCGGCUACGAAAACGACGAUCUUGUUGGCCCUCUGGAUUCGGUAAAGAUGCCCAGCGUCAACAACGCCGGUACAUAUUCGUCAGUCUGCAUUGACAUGGAUGUCCGCAACUUGGCAAUCAAUACCAUCCUCACAUCAUCACUCAUCAACGACUUGGAAGGAGCAGACGCAGUGUCCUUCAACCCGUCCGCUGAAGGAUCUGACAGCUUAGCGUCAGAAAGCGCCUUUUCUAAUGCCUCUGUUCUGGUCCUUCGUGAGAUGGUCAAGGCAUGGUGGACCGAAGCUUGCCGCGGCAGCACCAUGGCAGACGUCCUUGUCCAACACUUGGUGCGCUGGGUAGAGAACCCCGACUCCUUCAUGUACGACCGCGCUCUGCACCAUUAUGUGCAGAUGAUGUCCCGCAAAGCCUUCCAGCAGCUCAUGGGUGACUUCCGCCGUGUUGGAUCGCAGGUUGUGUUUGCCAGCGCCAACCGUCUCAUUUUGCAGACUACCAAGGCCGAAGUUGGUAACGCGUUUGCCUACAGCCAGUACAUUAUCAAGUCCAUCAAAGGCAAACCGCUGUUCCACUUCAUUGAUCUUGAAAUCAAGGAGUACUGGGACUAUCUGGUGUGGUACGAUGAGUUCAACUACGGUGGCAAAGGGUGUGAGCAGGUCUCUGAGACGGAGACACAACAGCUCGAAACCAUUAUGCACUGGCAAAUGUCCACGUUCCUCCCAGUGCGCUUGCAGCCCAUCUUCCAGGACUGGGUUAUCGAGUUUAUCCAUCUCAUGCACAGCUACAAGCACCAAGUGACCACCGAUCCUGACGGCACGCCUCGCCUCACGCAACUCCCAAACCGCGACGGUGGUGACAGCGAAAACACACAGCUUAUUCUGGGCAAGCCGUACGAGAAGCCACUGAAGAAGGUUAUCGUCGGCCUCCUGAACCAGCACAAGAAGGAGAUGCUGCACCCUGAACUUGCCAACGACUACUCAUUCCCGAACCUGCCCGGCUCUCAUCUCAAGCCACGCUCUCCUAUUCUGGAACUGGUCAAGUCUCUCAUGCAGGUCCUGUCUCUGGACAAGAACAUCACGCUCGAGGCUCGCUUACUGCGCAAAGAGCUGCUGAACCUCUUUGACGUCCGCGAGUUCUCCAAGGAGGGCACCUUUGCCAACCCGUCUGAGUCUCUCAAGCUGUUCCAGGUAUCGUGCGACUCGUGCACCAUGGCUCGUGACCUGGAUCUCUGCCGCGACGAGGACCUUCUUGCAUCAACAGGGCCCAAUAGUACUGGUGUCUGGAGCUGCACGUACUGCGGCGCCGAGCUGGACCGCGUGGGCAUUGAAGAGCGCAUGCUGGGUAUUGUGGAAAGCUGGACUGUCGAAUGGACCACGCAGGACUUGAAGUGUGCGCGAUGCGGUGCGCUGCGACUCAACGACUUCAUGGAGCACUGCACAUGUUCAGGGUCAUGGACAGAGGUGGCGAACAGGAAAGAGAUUAAUGCUAAGAUGGUGACCAUGAAGAGAGUGGCCAAGUACUAUGGGUUGAAGAUGUUGUUGGACGUGGUGGAGAGUUUGCAAAAGGCCAUGUAG